ACUUGACCAUCUUCAACACCUCAAAUCCACCAAGAUCAUGUUAACUUUCACUAGAGGCUUGACCACGGGUUCUAGGCUCUUUGCCCCCGACAAGUACUAUAAGAUUACGAGAUAUGCGAAACCAUUGUCAAAGGUAUCCUAUAAGGCAGGUGAUGUGAUUCCUGCUGAUCGUAAGGUGUCCAUUCCUCCAAACAAGAGACACUAUCCUCUCUACGAAUAUGAAACCAUGUUCUUCAAGAGUCAAAACAGGGGCUUAUACGGGGGAUUACAAAGAACUAGUUCUCGGACUUGUUCGGAAAGUGGUAACAAGAACUUGAGAAGUCAUAAACCAAACAUUGUUCUGUCCUCAAUUUACUCAGAGAUAUUAGACAAAGUCUUUAAGGUCAAAGUCAGUACCCGGGUCUUAAAAACCAUCAGCAAGGAAGGAGGUUUGGAUAAUUACUUGUUGAAGGAUAAGCCUGCCAGAAUCAAAACUAUGGGUAAGGUGGCCUGGAGAAUUAAAUAUGAUAUAAUGAAGAAAUUGGAAUCUGAUAGUUUACCUGUAAUUGAAGGUAAGAGGAUCUACUUGGCAUACAAGGGCCAUAAUGUGUAUGUUGGAAAGAACAAGUUGUUGAGCUACUUGUUUGAGUAUGCCAAAAGAGAUACCUAUGAACCAAUUACCGAACUGCAAUUUUUGGCCACAAAUAGCUGGAAAGACAUCAAAGAAGUCUGUCAGGACUUGGAAAAAUAUAGCUUUGAUUUUAAGCAGGUCUCUGUUUGAUUCAUAUGGAGCAUAUGCUAUUAAUAGUGUAAUCUUGUAAAUAUACGUACCAUAUUAU